AUGGAAGUUAAUGAACAUAAAAGGAAAAUAGCAAACCUUUGUCGAUUUUGUGGCAAGACCACCAAAUUAAAAAGUGCAAAAGCCAAAGGUAACUUCAAGAAUGAGUUUGCAACAGGUUAUGGCAUUGUUAUUGAAGAAGACAAUGACUUCAUACAUCCACCAUGUGUUUGUCUGUCAUGUGUGAGACAUUUUUAUCGCUUAAGAGAUUCAGCUUCAAGAGGAGAACUUACUUCUUCUUUGAGUAAUACUCCAUGUUCUUGGAAGCCUCACACAGAAGAAAGCUCAUGCAUUUGCAACAAAAAAAAGGGAGACCAGGUCUGA